UAAAGCAAUGAAGGCAAAGUCUUUUUCAAUAGCUGAAGAAGCAACUUGCUCGCUGAGUUGCUGCUCUCCACUCCUUUAGUUUACUCUUUCAGACACAGAAUGACCGAGGCCGAGUUAUAUUCGCUUUACAAAGGGGUCUACGUGCCUUCAUCACUGUACACUCCACGCAGCAUGAAAUACUACGAAGACUUUUCUUUUCGCCAAGAUGAUAUUAUCAUUGUAACGUAUCCCAAGUCAGGCACAACUUGGUCGCAGGAGAUUGUCCCACUGAUCAUGAGUGGAGGCGAUCAGGCCUCCGUUGAGUCUCUUCCUAACUGGGAACGGGUGCCCUGGUUAGAGCAGAACACGACCUGCCAAUUUAAUCUAGAAACAAGGCCGUCUCCUCGCAUCUUCGCUACUCACUUCCACUACAACAUGAUGCCUCCAGGCUUCUUUGAAGUUAAGCCAAAGGUCAUCUAUGUCAUGAGGAAUCCCAAAGAUGUGUUUACAUCUUUGUUCCAUUAUUCUAAAGCAGCCUCCUACUUUGUGAACUCAGGCCCGCAGCGCGAGUUUCUCCACAAGUUCCUUGAUGGAAAAGUGCCUUUUGGUUCAUGGUUUGAUCAUGUAAAGGGCUGGCUGAAUGCUGAAGAUAAAGAUCACAUAAUGUACAUCACCUAUGAAGAAAUGAUCAUUGACCUGAAGGACUCUGUGGCCAGAAUCGCUCAGCACUUGGAGAAACCUCUAGACACUGAGGUGAUAGAGAAGAUAGCAGACCGAUGUUUGUUCAAGAACAUGAAGCAGAACAAAAUGUCCAACUAUUCUUUGGCUCCUCGUGGAAUAAUGGACCAGACAAAGUCGGAAUUCUUAAGGAAAGGAAUCACUGGAGACUGGAAAAACCAACUAACAGUGGCAGAAGCAGAGUUCUUUGAUGAAGUUUAUAAAGACAAAAUGAAGGAUGUCAAAUAUAAAUUUGUAUGGGAUCAAAAUAAAGUCCAACAUUCUAAAUAAUAAUCACUCCACCAUACAAUGAUGCACAAAGAUGUGUAUGAAUAUAAACAGAUCAUGAGUAUCACCCUAGAGAGUCUUUGACAUGGUAUGUGAAGUUUUAUUCUCUCGAAAUUAUUUGUCAAGAUACUUUUAAUGAAAAAGGUUUUCAGCCUCAAAGAAACGACUGUCCUUAAUUUAAGAUUGCCCAAAAUGUUAUUAUUGAUUUGUGACAAGGCAAUACUGAUAUAUUACAAAUAACCACUAGAUUUAACAUGUUUUCCUCCAAGUGUUAAAAUAAAAUUCCUGUAUUUAUAAUCAUGUAGUUUAUCCAAUUACUUUUGACCUCUGAUAAUGGAGGGAUUACGUAUGUUUAAAUAGCUGUAAUUCCCAAUCUGCUAAUUUGAUAUUUUUGUCAUUUGAAAAAAUUUACAUGUUAAAGUGUACACUUCAUGGCAUUGUUUCGAAUUCAUUAUUGUGCUUUGUAGACCCAAAAAUGAUUAAAAAAAAUUCAUUGUGAAA